GCGUAAAAAAGUACUUCGGAACGCUAUUCAUAUUUUCCUGGAGCAGCUCAUUCGGAUUUCAUCUAACAUGGAUCCGUUCACAGCAGCUCUAAUCCUUGCUACAGCGAUUCUAUUAAUCUAUCUCUACCUGUGGAAGCCGAUGAAGUACUUGGAACAAAUGGGAAUCCCUCACGAACCUUGGUUUCCGAUCCUAGGCAACAUGGGGCCCAUCAUGUUUCGUCGCGUCCACUUCGCUGAACAUUUCCAAACAAUGUACAAUCGUUUUCCAGACGCCAAGUACUUUGGAGUCUACAGUUUCAUCAAGCCUACGAUAGUGCUCCGUGAUCCUGACUUGAUCGCUUCAAUUACCAUAAAAAACUUCGACAACUUCACCGAUCACGAUGGCAUCACAGACGAGAAAGUGGAACCUUUGUUAGGGAGAAACCUAAUCGCCCUUAAGGGCGAUCGUUGGCGAGAGAUGAGGAAGGUGUUGAGCCCAGCCUUCACGUCCUCCAAGAUGAAGAUCAUGUUUAACCUGAUCGUCGAUUGCGCGGAUAACUUCACCAAGCAUAUCGCAAAGCAAUCCAAACAGGGGAAAGUGUUCGAUUUGAAGGACAGCUUCGGUAGAUACACAAACGACGUUAUCGCGACCACCAGCUUUGGGAUCACCGUGGACUCGAUGGAGAAUCCUGAGAACGAGUUCUUCAUGUUCGCCAAGCAGGUUAUGCAGACUUUCUCUACGCAGAUGUUGAAGGUUAUGGUUAUACGAAACUCUUCUAGACUGGCAAGGUUCCUCGGUUUAAAAUUAUUCAGCGAUGAGACUCGGAGAUACUUCACCAACGUUGUUGCCGAGACAAUUAAAACGAGGAAGGAAAAGGGUAUCUACCGCCCAGACAUGAUCCAGCUGAUGAUCGAGUCCAGACACGCGGACGGACAAGAGCUCAACAUCGAUGAAAUAACGAGCCAGGCGUUCAUCUUCUUCCUGGCUGGCUACGAAGCGUCCUCGACCUUGCUGUCCUUCGCUGCUCACGAGAUCGCCGUCAACCCUGACGUACAGGCUAGAUUGCGAGCAGAAAUCGAGGAUGUCAUGAAAGCUACCAAUGGAAAACCCACCUACGACGCUGUCAACAACAUGAAGUAUAUGAGUGCAGUGAUAAACGAAGCUGGCAGAUUAUACCCUGCGGCAGUCGCUUUGGAUCGACUCUGUGUAAAGGAGUUCGUGCUCCCUCCCGCAACAGAGAAUUCCAAACCUGUCACGAUUAAACCUGGUAUGGCUGUGUGGAUAACGCCAUUUUCGCUCCACCGCGAUCCAAAGUACUUCCCUGAGCCGAAAAGAUUCGAUCCUGAUCGGUUUCUGACGGGAGAGAUUCCUCAGAACGUGUUCGUUCCAUUCGGUAUAGGCCCAAGGAUUUGCAUAGCGAACAGGUUCGCCUUGAUGGAGGCUAAGAUUGCGUUGUUUUACCUUCUACUGCGCUGCGACAUAGAGCCUUGCGCGCAGACUACCAUUCCUAUGAAAUUCAGCACUAAGACCUUCUCCAUGAUGCCUGAAAAUGGAUUCUGGUUGAGGUACAAGACCAGGGAAAAUGGAAAUGCGUAGUUGUAGAUAACGUUGAUACUGACGAAGCUUUUGAUUGGUCAUAACAUUGUUUGAAGAAUGGAAGAGUUUGAAUGAUAUAUACGCAAAUGAUAAAGCCUGUCUGGAUGGUGUUAUAAUCUUUCUUUCUUUCUUCUUUUUAUUAUACAUAUUUUAUAAACGUAUUUUAUCUGAUCUCUGAAAAAGUUUUAUUAAAAACAAUCAAAUAUAACAUAAGAGAAUAGGAAUUAGUAACAUUACCAAUUAUUUUUUAGCAUAUGUUCCAUGUUUCAGCAGUGAAUAAAUUGACUUCUUCAAGAUACGUUAGUGUAUCCUAAGAAUACAUAUAAUUUGAUUAUUCAAUGCAGAAAUGCAAGUGCAACUUUGCUUGCUUUUCAUUUGGCAAUCUGCAGAACAUUCCAUACAUUACAUGAUGCAACAGAAUAUUUCAAUGAGCAAUUAACUAGCGCUACUUGUCUGCAAACAAAGUAUUGGGUAAUCAAGGUUAACGAACUGGCUGUAUGUAUACAUAUGUGGACGACCAGCACGCAUGAGUUUUGUGGAGAGAGGCAAUCCGGCGUAGUAUAAAAGUAGGGGGCAUGGAUGACGUAUUCGCAUAACAGUCUCGGUCAAUUGAAUUUCAUUCAAUUGUACUUUUGUCUACAUUGAUACGGCUGAGAGCUUACGGUCAAGGUCAUUUUGUGGUAACAUGACAGGUCCCAAUUAAAAGACGACCAACACACAUUUCUACACACAGGCAUAUACAAUAUUUUUUUUUUCAAACAGCUUUUCGCAAUUUCUAGGCUCAAUUUAUAUCUGAAUAUCGAAAAAAUGCAAAACGUUGCAAUCUCGAAUUUGUCUCGAUAGUGAUACUCUCGGUAUAGAUUCAGGAGAAGCUGCAAAAAUG